AUGUCCACGUCCUCGGCCGACGAGGAGCGGUCGGACGUCAUCAUCAUUGACUCGUCAAGCGACGAAGAAGAGAGAUUCGUCAAAGGGCAGAAGCGUUCCCGCGGAAGCAACGCGCACGACUCGGAAAGCAUCUCGUCGGCGAGCAGCUCCCCUUCGCCCAAGAAGGCGCGGCGAAGCACCGUGUCGGAGUCCGAGGAAGGAGAGGUGGACGAGUCUGACGGCGGCAAAGGGAGGCAGGAAGACGUCGGAGGGCAAUUGCAGGUGCCUUCCACCGCCUCGGCGGCGACAGACUCGCGGCAGGGCGCAGGAAGAAAUGUCGCGGCGGUGCCGACGAGCUCCGUCGUCUUCGUCCCCCCCGACCCACCCACCUGGCAAGCCGAUUCCCUCUCGUUCGAGCUUCCCGUCUUCACGGCCAAGAGGGCCGGAUCAUGGCCUGCGAGGUUCAAGGACUGGACACAGCUCUUCUUCCAUCACAACAUCGCGCACGGCGCCGCCAUCACACCGACCGUCGCCCUGGCGGCAUACACCCGAUACCUCGACAGCCACAGCGGCCUCAAGGCGGGCAAGAGGAGGAGCGCCAAGCAAGCAUCAAAGCAGUCGGAGCAGUCCGGCGCGUUGGAGAAGCAGCUCGAAAUGUUCCGCGCGAAUGGUGCCAACGGCCAGCUCAUGAACGGGGCAAGCGCCGCGAAGGGCUCGACGACGGCACAGGCCGAGCCGGCAGGGUCCGUCGAGGGGGGUGACGGCGCGCAUGGAGGAAUGGCGGCGCCUGCACCGACAACGUCUGCGUCCGCCGCCGCCGCCGCCGCUCAUGAGCUGGCGCAACGGCGGAGGUACUUCCCUUCCGGCGACGACGAAUGCGUGGUGUGCUUGCGCUGCGCCCACGAGGGUCACAUGGCGGCCGACUGCCCGAAUGCCGCGUGCAGGUUCUGCCGCGACCAGGGGCAUUGGGACAUCCACUGCGAGACCAAGAGGCGAUGCCAGAACUGUCGCCAGCUGGGCCACGCCGCGGCGUCGUGCGGCGAGAAGCUCAAGUUGACGGCGGCCGAAGGCUUGGCUUGCGCCUACUGCUGCGGAUCCGACCACCUCGAGGACGACUGCCCCGACGUUUGGCGCUCCUUUCGCCCGGAGGCCGACGCCGUCCGCAAGGUCGUCGCCCUCCCCAUUUCCUGCGCCGUCUGCGGCGGCGGGGACCACUGCCUCUCCGACUGCGCCGCGAGACGGCAUCCGGCGCAUGCCUCGUAUCUGACGGCCACUCGGACGCGCUACCUGGACCCCGACUGCGGCAUUUUGAGUAUCGAGGGCGCCGCGGCCGAGUCAAACGGCGGAGACCAGCCGCCGACGCGCCACGGCGAGUUCAAGGUGCGCGGCCACUCGGCUCGCAACACAAACGUCCACUACUCGGAGAGCGACGACUCGGCCUCUGAAUUCCUCGACAACAGGCUGGUCAAGCAGAAGACGCAGGUCGGCCAGAUGCGAAUAUCGAGCAACAUAAAACCGCCGGCCGGAACGUACUCGAACCGCAGGCCAGGCAGAGGCGGCAGGAACGCGAUGCCGCACGACGCCCAGCCCCCGCUGCCCCAGGGGCCCCCUCCUCCGGGGCGGCCACCGUCCGACGUGCGGCAGCCGUGGAACGCUCGGCUCAGGCCGAACCCGAUGUCGCUGCCAGCGAAGCCGCCGGCACCGGCACGAGCCGAGGGCGCCGCGCGAGGCGCGAGGGGCCCGGCGCGAGGAUACCACAACGUGCCGCCACCGCCGAGCGGGUCAGGUACGCGCGCGCAGGACGAGGGCAGGAACGGCAACGCGCGAGGCGGCUUCAGCUUUCGCGGUCGCGGACGGGGGGACAGGGGCAGGGGCAGAGGACGAGGUCGGGGCAAGUGA